GAUCCCAAAUCGCUUCCGAAAUAUUUCGCACGAUCGCUCUUCAGGUCGACUCCGCUCCUUUCGCUAUCAUAACGUCGCAAAGUACAUUACAUGAUCGCGCACAACGUGUCCGGAACACGCACACAAACAGGUUCUAUAACUCUGAACGACUACAUUCGUUUAAAUCCGGUCUCGGAUCAACAGUGGGGUUCUUGGGAAACUAGCGCCAAGGUAGUAACACACGGAUUGCCAGGGCUAUAAUGAGUCCGGUGGAUAGAGUCCCCGCCCCAUUGUGGGCGCGGGAUAUAGUCAGCGACCUCAAGUCUGCGUCCUCCACGUUCUCGAGUUGGGAUAGCUGCAUGUCGAAGGCUUACUGCAAGUGGCCUGUCAUCGCGGCUAUUAUCGUCGGCGCGCUCAUCCUUCUGUCCAUCAUCGCAUGUGUGGUCAACUGUCUCUGUUGCGGCAUCCAGUGCUGCACAGGAUGCUGCGGAUGUUGCUCCAUGUGCUGUCCGUCGCCUCGAAACAGGCAACGCAAGGCCCAGUACUCGGAUGAUCCGUACCCACCCCCGGAAAUGCCAGGGGCGAUGCCGCCGUCCAUGCCGGUGAACACGCCGUAUCAGCCUCUACAGCAACCACCUGUGUAUCGUGGAGCGGAAGUCGCUCGGUUUGAUGCGCCAACGAGCCCUGUAGGCUCGAAAUUUCACGAUGAUGCAUUACCUGCCAUGCCUAGCUGGGAUAAUGCUGUGACGAAGAGGGUUGAAGAUACCGGGCCCCAUGUUGAAACGGUCGAAUUGGAGGCCAUGGACCAUGUCAGUCGCGAGCCUCGGCGGAUGCCUUCUGCGCCUAGGAUGAAUCCAGGUGGAAUGGGGGGAGCAGGCUAUUCGGGCCCUCCGCCUGUCAGGUCUAAUACACCUGGGCAAUAUCCCGCUAGGACCGGUACCUCCGGCCAGUACCCCGCCAGAACUGGCAUCCCUAGCCAAUAUCCAGACAGGACCGGUACGCCUGGUCACCACCUCGACAGAACCGGCACUCCGGGCCACUAUGCCGAGCCUCACAAUUACAACGCACAGUCUUCGUAUGGCUACGAUACCCAGAACACAUAUGGAUACAAUCACAAUGGUCCUAGAUCGCCACCUCCGGUUUCACCGUACGACGAGCAGCCCUACAAUCAUGACUUUCCUCACGAAGAUCGGUACAUGUCACCAGCUCCGACCUACACCACCCAACCGGCUUUUGCAGCAGCGGAGCAUUCGCAACCUCAUUACAUGCCAUCGGAGACCCCGCUUCCACCAUAUAUGCCGAUGGACCGAACACGCUCGCCAGGCCCGACUCUCUCGUCGGCUAUGAAUGCUCCUCGGCCCAUGCCAUACCGCCAACCAUCUCCGGCAAUCGGCCAAUAUACAGCUUACCCGGGAGUUUCUCCGGUCACCCCGACCUCACCACCGCCUUUCGCUGCCGCGCCGGCUCCUCAUGAAGCUAGUGACCCAGGCAGGCCCCCAAGUCUCUUGCAAAGUGGACGGAGGCCGGUGCCCAAUUCUUACAGGGACGUUUAAACUUUCGUUGAUCAUGUCACUCUCGAGGCCGCGUGUGCACCACCGAUUUGACACCUCAUCACCGCGUCUCUCAUGACCUGAAGCAACUCAAGUCACACUC